AUGGAACUCAACCGAGAACAUUUUCGCGCCAUAAUUUAUUACAACUUUCAGAGACAAUUAACGCAACAAGAAUGCCUUGCUGAGUUGCUUUAUUCGACAAUUUCCCGUUGGUAUGGAGAAUUCAAACGUGGACGGCUGAGUCUUGGCGACGAUCCCAGGGUGGGUGCACCAAAAACGGCAGUCACCCAGGAAAACGUCGAUGCUGUGCGCAAACUCAUCAUUGAAGAUAGACAUGUGACAUAUCGCGAGAUUGAGGCAUCCUUGAAGAUCUCAAAGACCUCAAUCAUCCGUUCUCGAAGUGUUCGAAAAAGAUGGUCGCGACAUUUGUGUCCUCUUAAUGAGCAAAGAACUAUUACUGCGGAUUGGUAUACCACCAUUUGUUUGCCAAAAGUCAUUACCGAGCUUCGAAAAAUCAACCGCGAAAGAAGAAUCAUCCUCCACCAAGACAAUGCAAGCUCGCACACAUUCUUUACUUUCCCGAAAAUUAAAAACAGACUGCGUGAAGAAGCAGUUGAUGCAUUCAACAAUGCCGUUUUGGAUCUGCCAGCAAACGAGUGGAAUAAGUGCUUCGAAGAUUGGUUCGAGCGCAUGCAGAUGUGUAUUAAUGGAGAAUACUUCGAAAACAAUAAAGUCAUUUAA